GACAUGCAAGAGGUGGCCCUGAGCCUGCUCGUCCUCCUGGCAGGCCUGCCUGCCUUGGAUGCCAACGACCCGGAAGAUAAAAACAGUCCUUUCUACUACGACUGGUUCAGCCUCCGUGUUGGCGGGCUCAUCUUCGCAGCGGUCCUGUGCGCCAUGGGCAUCAUCGUCCUCAUGAGUGGGAAAUGCAAAUGCAAGUUCAGCCGGAAGCCCCGGUAA